GAGAAGGCCUCCAAGACUCCUAGAUUGAAUAUCUGCUUUGUGUUUUGAGACGAUGAGCCACUUCAUCAUUUACUAUAAUUACAAACUUGUCGGAUCUGGUUUCGAGCUUGAAGAUUCAAUCAUUAUCUACCAUUCAAAUAGCAAUAACACACGAUUCAAUCCCUACAACCCUUAAAUCACCGUCACAUCCACCCUCACGUUCAUCAUGGUUGUAGUCGCAGUCGCCGGGGGCACGGGCGGUGUCGGUAAGACCAUCGUCGAGCAGUUGCAGCUCAGCAAGAAGCACGAGGUGAUCUUGCUCAGUCGCAAGGCCCCUGCCACACCCGCCUCAGGUGGCGCACAAAUUGUGCUUGCUGACUACGGCAACAUCGAGGCGCUUUCUCUGCUGCUCCAGGAACACAAAGUCGACACGGUCAUUUCCACGAUUGGCCUCAUGGGCGCAGAGGCCAUCCGGUCACAGCUCAACCUCAUCGCUGCAGCCGACAAGGCCAAGUCAACUCAUCGAUUCGUACCCAGCGAGUUCACAGUCUACGUUUCUCCAGACGAUUCUAACGCGGCGGCAUUCGGUGCCUGGCUGGACGCAGCCGCCGCUCUGAAGAAGACUGGUCUGACAUACACUCGUGUCAUCAACGGGUGGUUCAUGGACUACUUUGGCAUGCCGCACACCCCAAGCAACCUCACCCCGCACGCCUGGGCCGUCGACAUCGCCAACCGCCGCGCCGCCAUCCCCGGAACCGGCAACGAGCCCAUGACCAUGACCUACUCAGUAGACGUAGCUCGCUUCGUCGUCCGUAUGCUCGACGACACCGACUGGCCCGAAGUCAGCAUCAUCAGCGGCUCAGAUACUACAUUCAACAAGAUCUCGGAAAUCGCGGAGAAAGUCACUGGAGCCAAGUUUGACGUCGUCUAUGACGGAGAAGAGAAAUUAAGAAACGGCCAGGCAACCGUAUGGCCGACAGAUUACGGCGCAGGACCAGCGUCAGCGGAGGAGACGCAGGCGAUGAUGGCUCUUUUCGGAUUGAUGAGCGUCGAGGGUCGGAUCCUUGUGCCCGAGGGUAACCGCCUGAAUGACAAGUACCCAGAGAUCCACCCCGUCGGCAUCGAGGAGCUUCUCACCGCGGCCUGGACUGGGAAGUAGGAUCCUUUGCGUCUCAGGACUAGGUACUUGAGUUAAAGUCCUUUUGCUCUCAUUGAUGCUGGCUUUUCACCUCUGCUGUUAAAUCCCCUCAACGCAGUGUUACCUUCUUGUUUGGCACAGCCUGUCUUUGAGGAAGACGCAUCUCUUUGAUCCUGGUUCUCGUGGCUCUCUCGACAUCUUCUGCCGCUCCUAUGAUGAUGUACUCUUGCGCCGAAU